GGUGCAGCACAGUUUCUUGGGCUCCUGGUAUCCAUUCCUCAUUGCUUUCUCAACCACCCCAAAAUGCCUUCCUUCCUUGGCUUAAAGUGUCUGGGGAGACUGUGCCUCUCUGAGAAAAGCAAAGUCACUUCAUCUGACAGAAGCAAUACCAGGGGCUCUUUCAGAAGGAGACUGAUUGUCCAGGACCUGAGUGUCCCUGGGAUGCCCUACUCUGCUCCCAGGCAAGCCACCAUUGCCUAUUUGUUGUUUCUGUAUCCCAAGGACCGUGGCCCACCUGAGCACGGGUUGGACAGCUGUGAUCCUUUUGUGGCCCACCCGCAGGACCCUCACCACCCAUCAGAGAAGCCCGUCAUUCACUGCCAUAAAUGUGGGGAGCCGUGCAAGGGCGAAGUGCUCCGGGUGCAGACGAGACAUUUCCACAUCAAAUGUUUUACCUGCAAAGUGUGUGGCUGUGACCUGGCCCAAGGGGGCUUCUUCAUAAAGAACGGGGAGUACCUCUGCACCCUGGACUACCAGCGGAUGUACGGGACACGCUGCCAUGGCUGUGGGGAGUUCGUGGAGGGCGAGGUGGUGACUGCCCUGGGCAAGACCUACCAUCCCAACUGCUUUGCUUGUACAAUCUGCAAGCGCCCGUUUCCACCUGGAGAUCGAGUCACGUUCAAUGGGAGAGACUGCCUUUGUCAACUGUGUGCACAGCCGAUGUCUUCCAGCCCCAGUGAAGCCACCUGCUCUGGCAACUGCGCAGGCUGCGGAAGAGACAUCAAGAAUGGGCAGGCGCUGUUGGCACUAGACAAGCAGUGGCACUUGGGGUGCUUCAAAUGCAAGUCCUGCGGGAAGGUCCUCACUGGGGAGUACAUCAGCAAGGAUGGCGCCCCAUACUGUGAAAAGGACUACCAGGGGCUCUUUGGUGUGAAAUGUGAAGCUUGUCAACAGUUUAUCACAGGGAAAGUCCUGGAGGCAGGUGACAAACAUUAUCACCCCAGCUGUGCACGAUGCAGCAGAUGCAACCAGAUGUUCACAGAAGGAGAAGAGAUGUAUCUUCAAGGGUCCACCGUUUGGCAUCCCGACUGUAAGCAAUCUACCAAGACAGAGGAAAAACUGCGGCCAACCAGGACCUCUUCAGAAAGUAUUUAUUCCAGACCAGGAUCCAGCAUCCCUGGCUCACCAGGUCACACUAUCUAUGCAAAAGUAGACAACGAAAUCCUGGAUUACAAGGAUUUAGCCGCCAUCCCCAAGGUCAAGGCAAUUUAUGACAUUGAACGUCCUGAUCUCAUUACCUAUGAGCCUUUCUACACCUCGGGCUAUGAUGACAAGCAGGAGAGACAGAGCCUUGGAGAGUCUCCAAGGACUUUGUCUCCUACUCCAUCAGCAGAAGGCUACCAGGACAUUCGGGAUCGGGUGAUCCAUCGAUCCACCAGCCAGGGCUCCAUCAACUCCCCUGUAUACAGCCGCCACAGUUACACUCCAACCACUUCGCGCUCUCCCCAGCAUUUCCACAGACCCGAUCAAGGGAUCAACAUUUACCGAAAACCACCCAUCUACAAACAGCAUGAUGCAGCUGCUUUGGCAGCCCAGAGCAAGUCCUCAGAAGAUAUCAUCAAGUUUUCCAAGUUCCCAGCAGCCCAGGCACCAGACCCCAGCGAGAUACCAAAGAUUGAGACGGACCACUGGCCUGGUCCCCCCUCACUUGCCGCCGUAGGAACUGACAUGAGACGCAGAUCUAGUGGCAGAGAGGAAGAUGAGGAGGAACUCCUGAGACGCCGGCAGCUUCAAGAAGAGCAGUUAAUGAAGCUUAAUUCAGGCCUAGGGCAGUUGAUACUGAAGGAAGAGAUGGAGAAGGAGAGCCGGGAGAGAGCAUCCUUGUUAGCCAGCCGCUAUGAUUCUCCUAUCCACUCAGCUUCCUACGCUCCGUCAUCUAAAACCUCAUCUCUUCCUGGCUAUGGAAAAAAUGGGCUUCACCGGCCUGUUUCCACAGACUUUGCUCAGUAUAACAGCUACGGAGAUGUCAGCGGGGGAGUGCGAGACUACCAGACCCUCCCGGAUGGCCACAUGCCUGUAGAACUAAGAGGAUGUGGAGCCCACAGAUAUGGAGGGUCAACUGUAUCUUUAAGCUGGAGGUCAACUCUCCAGGCCAUCCGUGUGGCCAUCAGGACUGACCACUACUCUGUUCUCUCUUUCCAGCGCCACUUGGCCCCAGAAGUGUUUCGGGAAAUCUUUGGGAUGUCCAUACAGGAGUUUGACAAGUUACCUCUUUGGAGACGAAACGACAUGAAGAAAAAAGCAAGACUCUUCUAAGUCCCACACUUAAACGGCAGUUAGAAAAAGGACUGGCAGCGGGGCAAGGCCUGCCGUAUUACACUAAGGCCCAGACUUGAUUGGAGAAUUUAUAGACUGCCAUCCCUCAGCCACGACAAAAAGGGAAAUUCUGGUCCCAACACCCAUGAGCCAAACACUGGGCCAGCCCACAGUAACACUUGCCAAGCAGCCAUGGGUGGAAAUUUCUAUGUUUCCAAAAUCAGCAGUAGUGUCCACACGUGACCUUUCCUCAUGACCUCGUGUCCACAACAGGAGCUUCUUUCUUUCUCCUUCUGUUUUCCUUUAACUGUUGUCCACCCUAGUGCUGACUGUAGUGGUAAGAGCCAGCAAGUGCCCUUAGAAUGCCGCACAGGAAGAAACAGUUGUACUAAUUCCAAAGGAUGAAUAUAUUUAUUACGUAGCACUGUGCUAAGCAGGAGUCUGAGGAACGGGGCCGUGUGGUAGCAGCAGUUGUGCGCAGCUUUUCCUUGCCGGCCUCUAGAAGCUCUGUCUGGGCUCUGGCAGAACAGAAAUCAGGGAACCAGGCAGGUCUGAUCGAGCCUGAAUUUCAGCAAAAAGUGAUUUUUUUAACAAGCUCCUUGUUCUCUUUGUUUGCUGGGACCUGGUUGGCAAAUUGCUUAGCCAUUACUAGAAUUUUUUGAAAGAGGAAAGAAAGGAAAAGGAAAAGGAAUGAAGGAAACCCUCCCUGAACUCUUUUUCUGCUUCAAAUAGUGUAAUGAUUCUUCCUUCUCACCAAGGACAGGAGGUGGCCUGGGCUCCACCUUCACAAAGAAAGGAAAGACAAGAAUUGUCUCCCGACUGGCCCAGUUGCAUGCAGCGAGGUGAUUUUUGUCUAUGGGUCAUAUCCCUCUUAGCAAAAACAAAAACAAAAUCCAUGUUCUGCCCCCAAAUGCAACUUCUCAUGCUCAGCGUCCCCUGUAAACUGUCUGGCAUCCUCUGAAUCCAAUCAAACCCAUGCUGAUUUUGCUUUUUAAGGUCUUUUCAGUAGUAAGUUAAGGAAAGGCAUGUUUUCCUCUUGAAUAUCUGCAACUCCAAAGUAGAUUACAUCCAAUCAAUUUAAUUUGGCCUUCUCAGCUUUCCUUGUUGUUUGGCACUGUUAACUUCAGUGUGAGUGUGUGCACGUGCGUGCCUGUGCGUGGAUACACGCUUUACUCACCCAGGGCAGUUUUGUGAGUCUGCAUGUGCUUUUUAAUUUCUGCUUGAAUGUUUGUCACACUGCGCUGCUGCUUCUAAGGGAUAUUUGGUACAAGUGCAUGUGACUCCAAGAACAAGAGUGAGGCUAAGCUGUGCCCUCAACGUUGCCUCCUUCAUGGGUGAGUGUUGGUGCUCAGAAGCCAGCACUCAGGCUGAGGUUGCUCAUGGCUAGAUCAGGCUGCAGCCCACGCAGGUGGGAAGGGCUGGUUUGGAGCUCAAAGCAUCCCGCCAGGGUCCUCGUACUCUGCAACUGUCAAUUCAAAUUGGAGCCUAGCCUCAGCACAAUGUUUGGCCUGCUUCUUGCUUUGCCCUGGCAGAGUAUAGGGGUGGGACUGUGGUAUAUUUGUAGUGUCUCCCUACCAGUCGUUAACAGUGGUGACCAAGUGGGUCCUAGCACUCGGCUGGUGGAGAGGCUAGUGGAGUCAAUGAAAGACCCACCAUGUCUGUCACUGAUAAUGAGUCAUCACUCAUGAACAUUCAGGUCAAAUGCCAGUGUGAAAAAAGGUAUUUGGAAACCUGGGCACAAUUAGGU